AUGGAUGCCCUCUCUCCUAUGCCCGCCGAGGCCUCUCUCAUGUUCCCUGCCGAGUCCUCCCCCGUGCCUACUGAGGCACCGCCAGCUCUCAUAUCGCUACCUACUCCACCCGAAGACCUCAGCUUUACCACCUACAAGGAGGCGCUGGAGUCGAUCAACGUGUUUGCUAGCACCCAUGGCUACGCGAUCUCUAUUCAGCGGUCAACAAAGGGUAAACCUAUCUACCUUCAUUGCUCUCGGAGCCAGGCUUACCGGAAUCGACGGCGUACGGAGAGGAAGUCCUUCACCAAAUCAACCGAGUGCCCCUUCAGAGCUAGGCUACGGUGUGGCAGCGAUAAAAGGUGGCGGUUUGAGCCCAAAGUUUCCGUACAUAACCAUCCCAGUACUCCUUUGUGUACGCAUGCCCGCCACCGUCAGCGAGAGACGGCGGAAAAUGCUCACUUCAUUACGAGUCAGCUUUCCCUGGGAACCCCCCGCGCCAAAUCCUCCAUGGGAUUCGAACCGCUGCACGCGAGGCAAAUAGAGAAACGGGUAUUGGGUCUCAGGAGAUUCAGGGCUUUAGACGGAUGGACUCUUAAAGGGCCGGAAGCCCGUACAGGCUCUGAUCGAAGACCUUCCUCGGAUAGCGUCCAUUUCCGUCUAAAGUCCUGA